GAAAUGGCUGAUCUGGAAAGACUGCAUACUACUUGGCUGUCUGUUGAAAGAAUUCAGUCGCUCCAGCAACUUGUACAACUGGCACAGACCAAGGUUGACUUGCAACGCCCAAUACAGCACAUAUACCUGUGUCUGGACAAGCUGCUCAUGAAGGCUGACCAAAGACUUAUUGCCGAGGACCUGAGGCUAGCCUUUGUUUUAUUCCUGCGCUACUUGGUAGUUGUUAUCAGCCACCUGCCAACGCACCCAGAGUACAGGCUGUCUGGUUAUGCAGAACAAAAAACUGUAGCCAACAGGCAGUGCGACAUUGUACUGACGAUCCUAGAGCAGCUGAAACCCAGGCUGAAGAGAUGGUAUGAGACGUACCAGGAGCCACUGAGAGGAGGACAAAGGAUGUUUGGCCACGACAUAACUGGUGCUACACCAGUUAGUAGCCAAACAGUACAGCCAGAUACGGAUGUAGCGGUAGACAAUCAGCAAGAAACAUGUGCUGCCUCAGCAAAUAUUCACCACAAUGUCGUCGCCUCUCCGCUACUUCAUGAACACUAUCACCUUCCUAUCGGGUUGGCAGCAGAUAGCCAAGAAGACCCUCCGCCAUAUUCAGUCGAGGAUCCACUUUGUCGACGCAACACCUGUGCUGAUGGAGGAUUGGUUCACAUGGAUACAUCAGCAGCGUCGACCGGGAGCUACGGACAGAAGUAUAUUUUUUAA